AUGUUUAGCUGGCUAAAAAAGGAGGGAGAAAAGACAGAAAGUAUAGAAAAUGUCGUGGAGGGUCUCAAAAGGAUAUAUAAAACGAAACUUUUGCCCCUCGAAUCACAUUAUCAGUUUCACGACUUUCAUUCGCCUCAAUUAGAGGAGCCAGACUUCGAUGCAAAGCCGAUGAUAUUACUCGUCGGACAAUAUUCGACGGGAAAAACGACAUUCAUCAAAUAUCUUCUAGAACGAGACUUUCCCGGCAUUCGAAUCGGUCCCGAACCGACCACGGAUAGAUUCAUCGCUGUCAUGUACGACGAGAAAGAAGGCGUCAUACCGGGGAAUGCUCUUGUCGUAGACCCCAAAAAACAAUUUCGGCCUCUAAGCAAAUUUGGUAAUGCGUUCUUAAACAGAUUUCAGUGUUCCACGGUUUCCUCUCCAGUGCUACGAGGUAUAUCCAUAGUGGACACGCCCGGUAUCCUCUCCGGAGAGAAGCAGCGCGUUGACCGGGGAUACGACUUCACCGGCGUUCUAGAGUGGUUCGCGGAGCGUGUCGACCGUAUUAUCUUGUUGUUUGACGCCCACAAACUAGAUAUAUCUGAUGAAUUCAGGCGGAGUAUAGAGGCUCUGAGAGGCCAUGAUGAUAAAAUUCGCAUAGUUCUCAACAAAGCCGACAUGAUUGACCACCAACAGUUAAUGCGAGUUUAUGGAGCCCUGAUGUGGUCAUUAGGUAAGGUGCUGCAGACACCUGAAGUGGCCAGAGUGUACAUUGGUUCAUUCUGGGACCAACCUCUACGGUACGAUGUUAACCGACGGCUAUUUGAGGAUGAAGAGCAAGAUCUUUUCAGAGACAUGCAGUCGUUACCGAGAAAUGCAGCUUUAAGAAAGUUAAAUGACCUUAUAAAAAGAGCACGCCUUGCUAAAGUACAUGCAUACAUAGUAAGUGAACUAAGAAAAGAAAUGCCAUCAGUGUUUGGUAAAGAUGGAAAAAAGAAAGAAUUAAUAAAGAAUCUUGCACAAGUUUAUGACCGUAUUCAAAGAGAACAACAAAUAUCACCAGGAGACUUUCCAGACAUCAAAAAGAUGCAAGAAAUAUUAGCUAACCAUGAUUUCACAAAAUUCCACCCUCUCAAACCCAAACUUUUGGAAGUGGUGGACCACAUGUUAGCAACAGACAUUGCUAGGCUUAUGGACAUGAUCCCCCAGGAAGAUGUCAAUGUUGUGAAUGAGCCACUUAUAAAAGGGAGGGCCAAUGGCGAGGCGACGGGCGCCGUAGAGGGACUGCAAGGCGAGCCCGGCUUCGUGAGAGGUGGCGCAUUCGAAGGCGUGGAGGAUCAGGUAUCGCCGUUCGGAUAUGGGCGCGGGGAAGGCGUGGAUGCCGGUCACGGUGAUCCCGAGUGGAUUUGCAGCAAGGAGAAGCCGCGUUACGACCAGAUUUUCCACUCGCUGAAUCCCAUCGACGGCAAAGUCACCGGCGCCGCUGCCAAAACGGAGAUGGUCAAGUCGAAGCUGCCAAACUCUGUGCUCGGCAAAAUCUGGAAGCUGGCGGACAUCGACAAGGACGGAUUCCUAGACGAAGAGGAAUUCGCGCUGGCCAUGCAUCUUAUUCACGUCAAAAUCGACGGACACGACCUGCCCUCGGAGCUGCCGCCGCACCUCGUCCCGCCCUCCAAGCGGAACUAA